GCGCAAGUUGUUGACACGCGUACUUAAACCAAAAUCCUCGCCGACUCUUCCCAUCCUCUUCCCACUUUUCUCCCCCGGCCUCCUCUUUUAUUUUUCUGGCUAGGGUCCGGCCUCCUCUUCCCCUCACGUCCUAGGGUUAGACCAGAAUACACCCUGAUCCGAGGCCCGUGAUUUCAUCUCACGAGAUUUAGAUGUGAAGAGGAAGGAGGAAUAGAAAUUUUACCCUCUCAUUUGCUUUCUUUUCCAUUUUGCUCUUCUUUCUUCUCUUCUGCGGAGAAUGAGAUCUGAGAAGGGAGGGAGGAGAUGUUGGGAGAUCUUUGAAUGGUUCUAAGAUUUAUUCCGAGCAAAAUUCUUGGCUUAGAUUUACCGUGGAGUUGGGGGUUGCGGGGAUCGAUGAAGACGGAGAUGGGGACGGGAGUGGGAGUGGGUUCGUUGGUGUGGUCAGACGAGGAUCGGGCCAUGGCGUUGGCGGUCCUCGGUCCCCUGGCCGUCGAGUAUCUUUCCUCCAGCCAUGUGUCCUCCGACGGGCUCCUCACCGCCAUCGGAGGCGACGCCGACCUCCAGAACAAGCUCCAGGACCUCGUCGACCGCUCAGGCUCGCCCUGGGCCUCCGCGAUCUUCUGGCAGAUCUCGCGAUCCAAGUCCGGCGACUUCGUCCUCGGAUGGGGCGACGGCCACUGCCGCGAGCUCCGCGACGGCGAGGAGGACCCCCGCCGCUCCGCUGCCGCCCUCGACGACGGCCGCCAGAAGAUGCGGAAGCGGGUGCUCCAGAAGCUCCACGUCCUCUCCGGCGGCGCCGACGACGAGAACUACGCGCUCCGCCUCGACCGGGUCACCGAUGUGGAGAUGUUCUUCCUCGCCUCCAUGUACUUCUCCUUCCCUCGGGGCGCCGGCGGGCCCGGGAAGGCGUUUGCUUCCAGGGAGCACAUCUGGGUCUCCGAUCCCAGCCUCCGAUUGCCGGCGUCGGCCGCCGAUUACUGCGUCCGAGCGUUCCUCGCAAGGUCCGCAGGGUUCCGGACCGUCGUGCUUUUGCCCUUCGACACCGGGGUUCUUGAACUGGGCUCGGUCAAAACCGUGCCGGAGGGCUUCGAGGCCUUGCAGAUGAUACGGGCCGUCUUCUCUCCCGGCGAGAAGAAAGAUGAGAAUGGCUCGGUUUUCCGUUUAGGGGGCCGGGUGGCGGCGGCGUCGGAGGAGUACCCGAGGAUUUUUGGGAAGGAUUUGAACAUCGGGAGACGAUCUCAGUUCAACGAGAGGCUCUCAGUGGCAGCCAAGGUAGAAGAAGGGCCUUUCGAGAUCCAACCAAACGGCGGAAAUCACCAUCGGAUGGUGCCGCCGGUCUCCGGUGGUGCCGUUAAUGGACUGAAUUGGCCUCAGCAACAGAAGUUUGGUAACGGCGUGGUGGUGAUUGGCGGCGGGGAAGUGGAUCCAUCGCCGAGGGCUUUUGUUCGUCAUAGCAAUGGGGUCAGGGAGGACCCUCGGAUGAACCUGUUCUCGGCUCCGAAGCAGCAGCCGCAGCAGCCGCCACCGCAGCCGCGGCAAAUUGAUUUCAGCAGCGGAUCGACUUCGAGGGCUCCCGGAGCACCGGUUGCCCGAUUGGGUGCGAUGGAGUCGGAGCAUUCGGACGUGGAGGCCCCGUGCAAAGAAGACCGGCCGGGGGCAAUGGAGGAGCGGCGUCCGAGGAAGAGAGGCCGGAAGCCCGCGAAUGGGAGAGAGGAGCCUCUCAAUCAUGUCGAAGCCGAGCGCCAGAGGAGGGAGAAGCUCAACCAGAGGUUCUAUGCUCUGAGAGCCGUGGUGCCGAACAUCUCUAAGAUGGACAAGGCCUCCCUUCUCGGCGACGCCAUAUCCUACAUUACCGAACUCCAGAAGAAACUAAAGGAGAUGGAGACUGAGAAGGAGCGGUGUCCGGAAUCCGCAUCGAGGCGGGCGCAGUGUCCUGAGAUCGAUGUCCAGGCCGUGCACGAUGAGGUGAUCGUCCGCGUGAGCUGCCCGAUGGACACCCAUCCCGUUUCCAGAGUAAUCCAGGUCUUCAAGGAGUCGCAGAUCAAUGUGGUGGAUUCUAAGGUCUCGGCGAGCAACGAAGCAGUCUUGCACACAUUUGUGGUGAAGUCGCAGCCGGGAUCCGAGCAGCUGACGAGGGAUAAGCUGGUCGCGGCGUUAUCUCGUGAGAGAUGAGCUUCCUCGCUAACAAUCCAUGCUCUCUGCAGCUCCCCAAUGUAUUGGACUCAGGCUUGGCAUGGAAUACUAGGUUUUUUUAACUGCUUGGGCACUUCCUUUCUUGUGACAAAGGUAUUAGCUCAGGAAGCAAUUGUUGUGUUCUCUAGGCAAUUCGUCUUUUUGUUUGGCCAUGGACAUAAGUUCUGAAGAAUUUCAGUAAGCUUCGUGUGAGUUAUCUUUGUUUGAAAUGUCUUCCUGCUAUAAUAAAUUUUGUGGCUUUAGCCGUCCUGAUUGAGUAUAUUUUAUUUAA